AGGGGUGGCGGCCCCGCCCCGGCAGAGGCGGGCCAGGCUGGGUGUAUUUGAGGCUCGGAGCCGCCGCCCUGUCGGGGACAGCAAGACCUCACCAGGAACCGCACCCAGAGCAAGCAAGCGAGUGCCCAGGAUUCGGGAAAAUGGCAGACAGUUUUUCGCUUAAUGAUGCCAUAUCUGGGUCUGGAAACCCAAACCCUCAAGGAUGGCCUGGUCCAUGGGGAAACCAGCCUGCUGGGGCUGGGGGCUACCCAGGGGCUGCCUAUCCUGGGGCCUAUCCUGGACAGGCACCCCCUGGCACCUACCCCGGACAGGCGCCCCCUGGCGCCUACCCUGGACAGGCACCCCCAGGAGCCUACCCCGGACAGGCACCCCCAGGAGGAGCCUACCCCGGACAGACACCUCCAGGAGGAGCCUACCCCGGACAGACACCUCCAGGAGGAGCCUACCCCGGACAGACACCUCCAGGAGCCUACCCUGGCCCAACAGCACCUGCUUAUCCUGGACCAACUGCACCAGGAACCUACCCCGGGCAACCAAGUGGGCCUGGGGCCUACCCUGGUGCCAGCCCUGCUGGACCACUGACUGUGCCUUAUAACCUGGCUUUCCCUGGAGGAGUCAUGCCUCGCAUGCUGAUAACAAUUAUGGGCACCAUAAAUCCCAAAGCAAACAGACUUGUUUUAGAUUUCAAGAGAGGGGAUGAUAUCGCUUUCCACUUUAACCCACGCUUCAAUGAGGACAACAAGAGAGUCAUUGUUUGCAAUUCAAAGCUGAGUAAUAACUGGGGACGGGAAGAAAGACAGAUGACUUUCCCAUUUGAAAGUGGUAAACCAUUCAAAAUACAGGUACUGGUUGAAUCUGACCACUUCAAGGUUGCAGUCAACGAUGCUCACCUGUUGCAGUACAAUCACCGGAUGAAAAAUCUCAAGGAAAUCAACGCGAUGGCCAUUUCUGGUGACAUCAGCCUUACCAGUGCUACGCACACUGUGAUAUAAUCUUAAAGGCACAGAUACUUUAAAAAAAAAAAAAUGAAACUGAAUGUAAGCCGUACACAUUUAAGUUUCAUGCUCACUAUGGGUGAAAAAUUUUUCCUUGGUUCAUCAACAUCCUUUUUAAGCAUCCAUUUAAUAAAUAUUCGAAGAGUUA